AUGGUGACCAUGAAAGAUGAUUUUGAAGAAGAAUGUGAUCUGCUAUACCUUAUGUUUAUAAAGAGAGGUUACCCUGCUUCCUUCCUAAAUAUAAUUUUUCAGGAAGUAAAGGAUAAAAGGGAUAAAGGGAUAUAUAAACCUAUUUUGGGAAGUGACCUAGGGACUAUAACAUUAGACCUGGUCAUUGACACAGGUCUUAACAGUAACAACACAGUGAUCGAUGAUGCUCAUUCAAGACAAGUUGAUAUCAAAAAGAAGCUUCAAGCCAUUGUCAGUGAAAUGAUAACAUCAAACGGCACCAUUUCUUUAUCAGAAGAAUUUGUUCUUUCGGGUUUCCCAGGAAUUCAGGGCUGGGUGUCUAUUCCUUUCUGUACAAUCUAUGUCUUAACAUUGUUAGGUAACUGCACAAUUUUGCUAGUCAUUAAACAUGAUGAAGCUCUUCAGGAACCAAUGUACAUGUUUAUUUUUAUGCUGGCUACAGCAGAUAUUGCUUUAAGUAGCACUGUUCUACCAAGGAUGUUGGUGAUGCUAUGGUUUGAUGCUAAUAGUAUUAGGAAGGAAGCAUGUUUCCUACAGAUGUUUUUUGUCCACUCCUUCGCAAUAAUGGCAUCUUCUGUUCUACUUGCUAUGUCAUUUGAUCGAUACUUUGCGAUCUGUUAUCCAUUACAAUAUGCAAAUGUUUUCUCAAAGUCUCUGAUUAAAAAGAUUGCUACUUUGUGUAUAACAAGAGGAUUUAUUCUCAUAAUUCCUGCUCCAGUGCUUGCUUCCAAUGUGUCCUAUUGCAGCGCAAAUGUGCUUCCCACAUCAUACUGUGACUUUAUGUCAUUAAUUAAAAUUGGAUGUUCAGAAUCAACAUUCAACAGUGUGUAUGGAUUAACAGUUCCAUUUGUUGUAAUUGCUGAUGUUGGCUUUAUCAUGUUUUCCUAUGCCAAGAUUCUUAGUACUGUUCUGAAACUUGGAUCUAGUGAGGAACGUCAGAAAGCUAUAAACACUUGUGGUUCACACCUUUUGGUAUUAUUGUUCACUUACAUUACAGCUUUUUUCUCUUUUAUUACACAUAGAUUUGUUAAAGGCAUUUCCCCUCCUUUACUUGUAGUUUUCUCCUCUUUAUAUAUGGUACUGCCAGCAAUGUUAAAUCCAAUCAUUUACGGUGUGAGAACAAAUGAGAUAAGAAAAAAUAUUUUCAAAAGGGUUUAUACCCGAAAGCGCUCAUUUCAUUGGAAAUUUCAAGAGUUGUAUGCUGAUUUUAUUCGUUUUAUUAAAAGCCUUGGAUCCAUAGCAGUGUUCUGA